AUGCCCUAUCCAGGCGCGCCAGCGCCUGCAGGCUAUGGCGGCUAUGGCUACCAGUACCCCCCGCCGGGGCCGUACGGCAUGCCGCCUCCGAUGGGCUACCCCGCGCUGCCUCCGCCCGGGCCGUCGCCGUACUACGGCUACGACUACGGCAGGCGGUCGCCCUCGCGGGGCCGCAGCCGCUCCAGGAGCAGGAGCGGGAAGGGCGGCGGCCGUGGCCGCGGUGGGCGCGGCGAGCCGAGGGAGGAGAAGAAGACAUGCCUCGUGAAGCAGCUCCGCAAGACGAAGAUGUGCUUGCACUUCAAGAGGGGCAAGUGCAACUUCGGGCCCGAAUGCGCUUUCGCGCACAGCGACGAAGAGCUCUCCGCGGUGCCGGACCUUACCAAGACGCGCUUGUGCAUCGCGUUCAGCAAGGGCCAGUGCCGCAAGGCGGAUUGCAGCUUCGCGCACGGGGAGGACGAGCUCCGGACCACGGAAACGUUCUUCAAGACGACCAUCUGCAGCUGGAACGAGCGGGGCAAGUGCCGCGCGGGCGCCCAGUGCCGCUUCGCGCACGGCGAGGAGGAGUUGAGGCAGCAGAAGGCGAUGGCGGCAGGUGCAGCGCAAGAGGCAGCGCGGGUGGCUGAGGCCAAGGUGAGGCCGACCGUCACGCCGGCCACGGCGGAGGAGCCGGCGGAAUCUGGCAGCCCGCCCGAGCUGGCGGAGGACCCCCCCGACGUUGAGGACGACGACGGCGAGCCGCAGGCAGAGCCGCAGGCAGAGCCGCAGGCAGAGCCGCAGGCAGAGCCGCAGGCAGAGCCGCAGGCCGCGCAGGGUGCGCCCGCGCCCGCGCGGGCUGCGGCGGGGCCGCCGCCGGCCGAGGGCGCCCCGCCCUCCAAGGGGUCCGUGGGCCACCCGGGCAGCUGCGAGGCCCGGGCCCGCCCGUUUGAAAGCGGACGGAUGCGAGGGAGGGCGCCAACUGCGUGCGCUGUCAUAUCUGCAAGUGGAGGCCCCCGCCGAAGUCGAAGGCGGCGGCGGCGAAGAAGCGCGCCCGGCAGCAGGGCGCCGCCGCCGCCGGCAGCGACAGCGAGUCGCCGGAGCCCGUGGCGAAGCGCCAACGCGGAGGCGGCCCUGGAGCCCCUGGGCGCGGCAGGCCGCCCCCGAGGCCGGAGGACAGGUGGUGCCCGCACCAGCAGCCCCCUCCAGGAUACGCCCCCUCGCCCUACGCCUACUACGGGGCGCCCCCUCCGGCCGGCGGCUACGGAGCCCCACCACCUGGCUACGGCGCGUACCCCGCGCCGCAGCCAGGCUACGGUUGCGGCUACGGGCGGCAGCCAGAAGGCUACGGCCCGCCGCCCGAGGGCGCCCCGCCAACCGGAGCCCAUCCGCGGGGCUACGAGUACGGCCCGCCGCCGGACGGCGCUCCGCCGCCUGCAUACGGCUACGGCGCGCCUCCGCCGCACGGCUAUUACGGCGCGACGCAAGUUUCCUCGAUCAUCGUGGGCGCGUACUGCUGGAUGCUCAGCGGUCUCGUCGUUGUGGUCGUACCCCACGAGGCCACAGGUGUUGGAGCUGUCGCAGUGCUGCGUGGCCCUGCGGUGCGCGGCGAACGAGGAGGCGGUGUGGAAGGCGCUCCUGCGCCUCCGCAAUGGCGCCGUGCUGGGGGCGCUCUUCGGCGAGGAGUUGCCGCUCCCGCGAGACGGGCGCACGUGGAAGGAGCACUUUUUCGACUUCGAGCGGGACUGGCUCCAGCUGGCGCAGGAGCGCUCCGGGCGGCUGCUGGUCCGCAUGAACGCGGUGUGCGCCAUGGGGUGCGACUGGCCGGACUACGGCGUGCCGUGGCACCUGGACCAGCCACCCUGUGCCUGCCGCGGCGCCGUCUGCCGGCACCGGCGACGAGCAUACGGCGUCUACGACGUGACAGAUUUUGCCCCCGUGCACCCGGGGAGCGACACGCUGCUGCGGGCCACGGAGGUGGCGGACGCCACCGCCCUCUUCGACAGCAUCGCCCACUCGCGGCAGGCCCGGCGGCUGCUCCGCGGCAUGGCUGUGCCCGGGCUGGAGGCCGUCGUGCCCUGCGACGCGCUGCUCCCCAUACGGUGCCGGCCAGAGACCGCGGCCGGGCGCCUCCAGGUCCUGCUCUGCUCGGCCGCCGAGCGGCUCUGCCGCGAGCUCUCCUCUGCCCCGCAGCGGCUGCGGCGCCUGGGAGCCGGCCGGAAGUUGCUGUCGCCCGUGCUCAGGAUUGUCGGCGCAAUGUGGUCUCCGCACUCCUGA